AUGGCUCCUAUUACUAUCAAGCAACAAGAAUUACGCGAGGAUUCAUGCAAACUACAGAUCCUCAUCGUCGGCGCUGGUCUGGCUGGCCUCGGAACCGCCAUCAGCUGCGCUCUCGCCGGCCACAAUAUCCAUGUCCUCGAAGCCGCACACGAAAUCAAAGAAGUCGGCGCAGGCAUCCAAGUGCUCCCGAAUAGUUCACGAGUUCUCCAACAGUGGGGUCUGGAGGGGGCAUUGACUCCAUUCAUGACAUACCCCCGCGUGUGCAAUUUCAUCGGAUGGAAGGGCAACUACAUUUCCCAUUUGGAUUUUCACGAAUCCGAAAAACAAUAUCCAGGAACCUGGUAUCGCGAUUUCCAUCGGGCGGAUCUGCAGCAAUGUCUGGUUAACAGGGCGGUUGAGUUGGGAGUGCAGAUUACUUGCAAUGCGCGGAUUGCAGAUGUACAAGUCAGUCAGGAUGCAGCAACGGCAACAGCCAUCGCAGGAGACGGCAGACAGUGGACAGGCGAUCUGGUCAUCGGAGCAGAUGGAGUAUUUGGGAAACUGACGGAAUCGCUGCUGGGACGAAGUGAUCCUCCAAUCAAGACAGGCGAUCUGGCAUAUCGACUGCUGCUGUCGACAGAGGAGAUGCUCAAGGAUCCGGAAUUGGCGCCGUUGGUGACGGAUCCGCAGGUGAAUUACUGGUUGGGGCCAGAUGCUCAUGCUGUCAACUAUGUUCUCCGUGGAGGCAAACUGUUCAACAUGGUGCUUCUCGUGCCAGACGAUAUCCCAGAGGAAUCUCUGGCAUCGACCAUUGAAGGAAAUGUCGAGGAAAUGUGUGCUUUAUUCGACGGUUGGGAUCCAAGAAUUGAAAAACUCUUGAAGCUCUGCCAAUCCGUCCAUAAAUGGCGGUUAUGCAUUCGAUUUGGCGACUACAACUGGACGCAUCCUUCUGGAGCAUGGGUGAUGCUGGGCGAUGCUGUCCAUGCCACUCUUCCCUAUCUUGCAUCUGGUGCUGGUAUGGCUUUCGAAGACGGCGCUGUCCUAGGCGAAUGUCUCGCUCGUCUUCCCAAUAGCAGGAAUAUCUCCAAAACAUCACCAGAGUUCCUCGACAGCAAACGACAUGCUCUAUCUGUCUUUGAAGAAUGUCGCAAACAACGCACGAAAAUGCUGGUGGAAAGAGGCAAUCUCCAACAAUAUCUCUAUCAUCUCCACGAUGGACCAGAGCAGGAAGAGCGAGAUCGCAAGAUGCAGAUGGUGCCCACUCCAGAAGGAGAGGCAUUGGCCUGGAGAGAUCCUGGAUUGGCGCCCAAAUUGCUGGGAUAUGACCACAUCGCCCAUCUGGAACGUCGUGCCAUCUUCUCCAAGCGAUGGAUCCUCCUCACUCACUCUCUCCGCUUCACAAAACCAGGCGACUAUCUCUCCUUCACCGUCGCCAAUAUCUCCUUCUUCCUCGUCCGUGAUCGCGACGGCAACAUCAACGCCUUCCACAACGUCUGUCGACACCGCGCAUACCCCGUCGUUCAGUCUCGCGAAGGAACAGCCUCAAUCCUCAGCUGCAAAUACCAUGGCUGGUCGUACGGCUUCAAAGGCAAUCUGUCCAAAGCACCGCGCUUCGAAACAGUGCCCGACUUUGACAAAUCCCAACACAGCCUCCUCCCUAUCCACGUACACAUCGACAAAGCCGGCUUCGUCUGGGUAAAUCUCCAAGCUGGCGAGCCAGAUGUCAAGUGGGAUGAUGACUUUUAUGGUGUGGACGAAAAGCCACGCAUGCAAGAGUUUGAUUUUGCCGAGGAAUUCACCUAUGACCAUUACUGGGAGAUGGACGUCAAUGCGAACUGGAAAGGGCUGGUGGAUAAUUACAACGAGUGCUACCAUUGUCCGACUUCGCAUCCUCUCAUUGCGGGUGUCUCUGAUCUGACUCGAUAUCGCGUUGACCCGAAAGACGGACACAUGGAGCAUCACAUUUUCAAUAAAGCGCAGAGUGAUCAGCAGUUUCGGCGGGUGAUUACUUUCUUCUACCCAACUACAUCGGUGACAGUCACGGAUAACUUCUUCUACAUCCAACGCAUGAUCCCCGUCACGGCAACCACCAGCAAGAUUGAAAAUGAAGUCUUUCGACACAAGAAUGCCACUGAUGAGGAAUUUGCCAAUAUCAACGCUUUCUACCAUCAGGUUUUAGAAGAAGAUAGGGAUCUCUGCGAAGGAUCUCAGGAAAAUCUGGGGACUGGUAUCUUUGUCAAUGGCGAACUUCAUCCCAGCAAAGAAAGCGGCCCUAUUCAUUUCCAAAAUACCGUCCGCAGUCAGGUUAUGGAACACAGGAAGAAAGAAGAGAAACAAGGAGGACGAGAAAUCUGGCCUAUUAUUCCCAAAGUGGUUGGAGAAAUGGCGACAAGUAAACUAAGCGAAGAGGAACAGUUUUGUUCGAAACUUGAAGCUGCCAGUUGUAUGGCACGACCAGAAUUAGCAUGGUAG